AAUUUUGUGAUUUUUUGUUUUGAUUUAUUUUUCCUAGUAAUUUUCGUGGAUUUUCUGUGGUGUUUUUGAAGAAAAGAAAUGAAUUUGUAAAUAUUUUUGCUGAAAAAUGAAUGAAAGCGAAGUUAAUACGAAAUAUGGUGAAUGCAGGUGUUGUUUCGCGCUGGGCAACCACCGCGAUCUGAUGGAGGAGUACGAGUGGAACGGCACUCGCGAAAUUUAUUUUCAAAUAUUUUUGGAAUGCUUUAAUGUGUUUUUGUGCACCAAAACUGGUAAAAGCAACCUGAUAUGUACAUCCUGUGUGCUGCGGUUGAGAGAUGCCACCAGCUUCAAGAAGAUGGUUCUGGAAGCAGAGCGGAGCCUGACCAGCUGUAAGGUGAAGCAAGAAGAUUCUAUGACUGACCCUGAAAUCCCAUCAUCAUCAACAAUGCUGAUGGUUGAAGUGAAAUGUGAACCGAACGUGAGCUCAGAAUCAAAUGAUGAUUCCAUGCAUGGGCAGGAAGAGCUGGAUCCCUCAUCGAUGCUUAUAAUGGAAUGCGUGGAAAUAAAACGAGAAGCGGAUGUGGACUUUGAAACUAAAUAUGCAGAGCAAAAUGAUGGUUCCAGGCCUGAGUCGAAAGAUCAAGUCAAAGUAAAAAAUAGCAACCCCAAAAAGAAAAGACCUGGUACACCCGGCAAAGUCAAAGACAAAAAUAGAAUGGAGAAAUUAGCGUACAUUCACAACACUAGACUCAUUAUAGAAAACUCCAAUGUCGCUCCGUUCAAGCCCAAAUACCAGAACGGUUUCCCUUGCUUCUACUGCUCCAAGAUAUUCCAGGAUGUAACAGAAAUGAAACAGCAUCAACAGAGUCAUACAAAAACUGAACUGAAGACUAUUCUUUACACACUAGGAGCGGAAGCGUUUAUAAUCUAUGUCGACGUCACAGACCUGAAAUGUACAAUAUGUAAUGAAGAAAUUCCGAAUUUGGCCGAACUGAAAUUCCAUUUGGUCAAAAAACACAAGAAGAAAAUGCAAGCUUGCCCCGACCGCAUGGUCCCUUUCAAAUUAACCCCCAAUAUAUAUGAGUGUCAAAUAUGCAAUGGCAAUUUCGGAACUUUUGGAGCUAUGGAGCGUCAUAUGAACGUACAUUUUAGAAAUUAUAUAUGCAAGGAAUGUGGGACGGGUUACGUCACUAAAAGUCGUUUCAAAGUACAUUCCAAGCAACAUAAUGAGGGUAGUUAUGAAUGUGAGACGUGCAAAAAAGUUUAUACUACCCCCCUAAAGUUGAAAAAACAUAUUGACCUCGUCCACAAAAUGGUCAAACGGUUGAAAUGUAUGAAAUGUGGGGAGCGUUUUGUAAAUUAUUUCAAACAACAAAAGCAUAUGGUGGAAGAGCACGGCGAAGCGAGGCUGGAGUACAAAUGUAACUUCUGCGAUAAAAUAUUUGACAGAAAAUAUCUAUUAUCCACACAUAUGAAACGGGAUCAUUUGGAACAGAGAGAUUUUAAAUGUGAAAUGUGUUCGUACACCUGUUUCGCUAAGAAUGAUUUAAAAUAUCACAUGGUUAAACAUAAUGGGUCACGUAUAUUUGAGUGUUCAUUGUGUGAUAAGUCGUAUGCCAGAAAGAAAACUUUGCGAGAGCAUAUGCGGAUACAUAAUGACGACAGACGGUACGCCUGCCAGGUGUGUGGGCAGGCCUUUGUACAGAACUGCAGCUUGAAAGGGCAUAUUAAAACACAUCAUCCUGAAUUGCAGGUGUAAUAGAUAAGAAUUAGUUAUUAGAGGAUGCCCGCGACUUCGUCCGCGUGGAUGUAAGUUUGAAGGUUCCUGUAGGAACUGUUUGAUUCUCCGGUAUAAAAGCUCCCUAUGUCAAUUACAGGGACGCAAGCUAUCUCA